GCCCCCCCGUCAAGGCGUUCCCCCGACCCGCUCCUCCGGAAUCGGCACCUUGGGGAGAGGGAGAGAGAGAGAGAGAGAGACCCUCCCUCAACCCCUCUUCGUUCCCUCUAUCCCGCCCCUGUCGUGAUUGUCGUCGUCGUCGUCGUCGCCGCCGCUCCCAGCCAGCGGCCCGGACGGCUGACCGUCCCCCUCGUAGGAUGAGCGGCCGACCGGCCGACCCACCCACCGGCCACAACCUCUUGCAACCAGAGACUUCCUACAGCUGGGCGGCAGGAUGCAGGGCACGGGCUGCAGUGCGUGCAGCCGGGUGUCCGGGUCCAGGAUCUACACGUGGCUGCUAGGGACACUCUUCGUGGCUCUGGGCUCAAGUCGCAUCCUCCUCACGAAGCUCUCAGCCAACGAAGAGAACAAGUACGACUACCUUCCCACCACUGUGAACGUGUGCUCGGAGCUGGUGAAGCUGGUGCUGUGCACUCCGGUGGCGCUCUGGGUGGUCCGCAAGGAGGGCCGUCCGUGCCGAGCUUUGACAUGCACUUCCUGGAAAGAACUUGGAAACUACCUCAAGUGGGCCAUUCCUGCCUUCCUUUACUUUCUGGAUAACCUCAUUGUCUUCUAUGUGCUGUCCUACCUCCAGCCAGUCAUGGCCGUGCUGUUCUCAAACUUUAGCAUCAUCACCACUGCUCUUCUCUUCAGGAUCGUGCUCAAGCGGCAUCUCUCUUGGGUGCAGUGGGCUUCCCUGAUGGUCCUGUUUCUCUCUAUCGUGGCCUUGACCGCGGGCCCCGGGGACAACUCACCCACACCCCACCCAGCGGGGCCCGGGAUUCACCACGAAGCCCUAGCCCACCCGUCGGACUCCUGCCUCCUCCCAGCGGAGCCUGGGGGGCCGUGCCUCGGGAAUGCCACCUGCCCCCCGGGAGGGUGGUCUCUCAUCCCGGCCCAGUGGAACGUCACGGCCGGGGUUCUGCGCCACAUGCGCGUCAGCCUGGGCCAUGUGCUCAUUGUGGCUCAGUGUUUCAUCUCCUCCCUGGCCAACAUCUACAACGAGAAGAUAUUAAAGGAGGGGGGCCAGCUCACCGAAAACAUCUUCGUCCAGAACAGCAAGCUGUAUGUCUUCGGCACCUUCUUCAACGGGCUGACGCUGGCCCUGCGAGCCGACAGCCGCGGCCGGAUCGAGCGCUGCGGGCUGUUCCACGGCCAUAAUGCGUUCUCGGUGGCCCUCAUCUUCAUCACGGCCCUCCAGGGCCUCUCGGUGGCCUUCAUCCUCAAGUUCCGGGACAACAUGUUCCACAUCCUGAUGGCCCAGGUCACCACGGUGAUCAUCACCGCGGCUUCCAUUCUGGUAUUUGACUUCAGGCCCUCCCUGGCGUUCUUCCUGGAGGCCCCCACGGUGCUCCUCUCCAUAUUCAUCUACAAUGCCAGUCAGCCCGGCGAACCGCUGCCGGGCGGCCCCCGGCGAGAGCGGGUCCAAGAGGGAACUGGCCACCUCUGGGAGCGCUCCAGCGGGGAUGGAGAAGAGCUGGAGAGACUGACGAAACCAAGCAGCGACAUCGACUCAGACGAAGACACCCUCUAACCUGCCCGGGAAUUCCAGGGAUCCAAGCCAAAAAAUGCUGGUUGUUGAAGCUGCUGCUUCUUCGGGUUGGGCCCAGAAACCGGGGACUGGGAGGGCCCUCUUCCUUCAUUGCUGCGGAAACUCCGUCUUGUGUCUAGAACCAAAGUUUCUUGAAUUCCAGACAAUAUGGGGAGGCCACCAGGAGUCUGGAGUGAUGAAAUGGACUCCUCUGAGCCAAGUGACCUCUCAUGCGCUCACUCACACAAGGGUUCCCCCCACACACUACCAUCCUCCCCCCCUUCACAUCUCCCCUCCGUCCCCCAAGUCCUCCUCCUUUUGACUCCACUCCCGGUCCUGCUGCCCCUUAUGCCCUGGCCCGCUCGGCAUUUCUCUACUUCUUGAUGGCAUUCGAUCACCACUCCAAAGGGGACAACGGGUCCUGGGCUGUCUCUGACCCGUGACCAUCUAAUGGCUAUCGGGCAAAGGUUACAUCUGUUUCACAUUUGUUGUUGGUUGUGUUGGUUUCACAGAGGUUGUGUGGUUCCCAGAAUCCCCCCACAGAAGCGACCCAGGGGGCGAGGGGUGACCUACCACUCAGCUGGAAUGGGACCCUGGUGUAAACUGCUGUUGAUUUACACUGAUCCUCGCACAUUAAUCUGCCACAGUGAUGGAAUUAAUGGAGCAUUUUUCGAUUGUCAUCUGCCCGUUCUUUGAGUUGCCUCUGGGUUGGAAAGAGGCAGAAAGUUAUGAUUUCAGUUCUGAUCAAACCUAAAGUGAAAGCAUGCUGCAGGUGUGUUGGGCCAUGAAGACUCUCCAGGUGGAAGCUCUGGUCGAGGCGGGUGGCGAAGCCAUUUCCACUCUCAUUCACCCGGAAACUGCAGUGUCCCAUCUGGGUCACCUACAUCUCCCAGUACGUCUUGGCAGCCAGAAUGGCAAGCAGCCUCCGAGAUGUGUUCACACCCGAGUCCUGGGGUGGUGGCAAGGCCACCCUUUGGCCUUGGUCUCCCGCUCCCCUCUGGGGGCCGAGGGCUAGGCUCACCCCGCAGUUUGGGCUCCCGCUUCUCCGUGAGCCAGGAUCUACCACCACAAUGGUGAAUAGAGGCUCAGAUCUUCGUGCAUCAGCUAUCUUCAGUCUGGAUCCCUCCCUGGGGAAAUCGCCGGUACCUGCUGCCACUGAUGAUCCUGUACCCUCUGUUGGCCGUCCACCCUGCCACAGCCACCACUCCCCACCAGCCCACCCACCCAUCCCCCUCCCCUCUGCCAGCAGCCAGAGGGACGGGGGUCUCUACAAUCCCCCAGGUUCUAUGCGCGCCCCCUCCCCCAACGUCCCCCGGACUAUCAUCUGCGAUCUCUCACUCCUUAAUGGGUGCUUUCUUUUUGCUUUAAACAUGCUCCUCUCUCCUAUACUAAAAUGUCUCUUCUGGAUCCUUCUGUGUCCCCCAGCUCUUACCCCAUCUCCCUGCUCCCAUUCCUGCCCAGAAAACUCAGAUGGGCUGUUCACACCCAUUGCUUGCACUUCCUCUCCUCCAAGUCCUCCUUGACCCUCUACAAUCCUGUUUCUGCCCACUGAGCCCACUCCUAAGGACACUUAUGACCUCUUUUUUGCCACCGCUGAUGGAGUAUUUUAGCCUAAUCCUACUCAAACUCUUGACUACCUGGGUUUUACCAACAGAGUUCUCUCCUAAUUCUUCUCUUACCUUUCUGGCUGCUUCCUAGACUCUUUUUCUGGCCCUUCUUCUGCCUCUCACUCCUUAACUAUGGGUGCCUCUCACGUCUCCAUUCUGGUCCUCUUCUCUUGCUUUACACUCAACCCUUGAUGGGAAGGGUGAGGAAGGACGCAUUUACUGGCUCCCAAGGCUUUAGUAACAUCCUCUGUGUGAUCUCACAUCUACCUCACAGCCCUGUCUUCCCACCUCUGCUCCCAUCUCCCAUUUCCACUUAGCCCAGGAAGUCACACGAUGUUCUUGCCAGCAGCUUAAAUCCAGUAUGUAUGUCUAAAACUGAAGUCUUCAACUUCUUGCCUUUUCCAACAUCACCAUCCUCCCCACCUCCAAAACCCACAAUCUAGGCAUCAACCCUAAUGCCUCACUGUUCUUUCAGUCUGUCAUUUCCUCCAAAUUCCCCAUCCCUGUCCCUUCCUCCUCCAUUCAAGUGUCCAGCACCCCAGUCCAGGUGUUUAUCGUAUCCCGACUAGGUCGCAUCUCCCUGCCUCCCGUCUCUUCACUGUCCAGGCCAUACUUCAUUCUGCUGCUCAGAUCAUUAUUCUGAAAUGUCACUCUGCACACAUCUCUCCACUUGAAUUUUUCGUUCCUCUCAAAUUACCCUAGGCUUCAUCCUCCACUCUCCUGCCUCCAACCCCUUAUUCUCACACUUUCUCCUGCCUGGAACUCUCUCUCCCUUCAAGUCCCCCAGACUUCAGCCCUCCACAACGUAAAACCCUCCUGAAAUUCCACUUUUCCAGGAGGCCUUCCCAAAUUAAUUCUACUCCCCAACCAAAGUCUCAGGACAUUUGUGCCAUCUCCUUCUUGGGCCCAGACAAACACCAGCAGCACUUUGGUACAUAUCAACUUGCAGACUCUACCAUUUCAACAGUUUCUUACCCCCAUAUCCAUCUUACCAUUUUCUUCUUUCAUAAAUCAUUUCGUAGCAGUCUUCCACCAUUAGAUUGCCAGCUCCUCCAGAGCAGGGUUCAUGGCUUCUAUCUCAUUCGACUCCCCCAGGGGUUCUACACAAAGUAGAUGCUCAAUAAAUACCACUGGGUGUUUAUUGACUAGAAAAUCACAAGAAAGAGGGGAGAAACCACGAAUGCAAUAAUAGCAGCAGGAUCCAGGGUGAGAAGAAAAUACAGAAUCGAUCCUGCUGCCUGCCGGCCUGCCCUCCCAACCCUCCACCUUCCUGUCCACACACCAUCCACCUGCCUGCCUACCUCCUGUCCACCCACCCACCCGCCUGCCUCCCACCCGCCUGCCUGCCUCCUUUCCGCCCACUGCCCAUCUGCCCGCUGUUGAGAGAUGUUCAUAUAAAUGCUACUUAGACAAAGAGAGGUCACAGACCCACCCUGAAAGAGCCUCUGUAAAUCAGGUAAACCACUGGGCAGACAGAAAGCAAACUGCCCGCUGUGAACACAAGCCCCAAAACCACUUCCCUGAGACGACAACAACUUUGAAAAGCCAAAUGGAGUUUCGAAGUCAGUCGGGAACAAGUUCUUCCAUUGCUCUGCCCUUCCCAUCCUGCCAACUCCAAUAACGAUCUCAGACGAUCUAUUUCAGGCGGGCAGAGUCAACCCGUCCAGCAUCGACGGAAGCUCCGAAAGCACAUGGACACACAAUACUUCCUCCUCCAGAUGGCAGAGAAAGCAAAGCCCUGAAAUCAGAGGCUUCAAACGCUGGCUCUGACAGUGAUGGCUCCUGUAUUUUGAGGGGAACCAUUAAGCCUCUUGGCUAGCAUGUUGAAAAAUAAAAAUCAGCUGCUAGAACCUACACCCUUGAACCCACCCCACAGAACCCUGGUUUUCCACUGAAGCUCAGACUUGACGUGUUGCCAUUUCGGUGUGUUUCCAUUAGAGUUGCCAACUGCUGAGAAUGAUUUUUCGAGCAGACUGAAUAAAAAUGACUGACUUUCG